AGAAAAAAAUAGUUUCAGUACUUAUAUAUAUUAAGAAAGACACACCUGUUAUGACUUAAAAAAUAAGACAUGAUCCCAUUUCCUCAGCACACUUGUAUUAUAAAUGUUUAUUCUGCUCCAGCACACAGACCUGGUUAAAAGGGGCUGAAACACAGCCAUCAAACCAUUUGUCCAUACACCUUGUAACCAGGGAUUAGCAAAGGUUUUAGGAUGGCAUUCAAACUAAAAUUCUUGUUUUAUUCAGGUUUACAGUAUAGUACAUAUUACACAGUACAGUGACAUAUUAUUAUACACUGCUGUUUAUACGUGGACAAUAUUCUUAAUAAAUGAUACAAAAUUCGAAACAUGUACAGCUGCGUAAACCCCUCCUUCACCCCAGCUCUCCCAGCAGGAUCCGCAGUUUCUCAGGCAGGUGUGGAAACUGCGUCUGCGUCAACUGACUCGAGAAUUUAGAAUUCUCUCUCUCAUUACACUAAAUAGACACACACCCUCAGAAGAUGGAUGCCCUAAACUGAUUUGUUGUACAAUUUAUAGGUAGCUAUAUGGUGGAAUCAAAGAUUUUUGGUGCAAUCUGGUUUGAAUGUGCGUAUUUACUGCUGGGCGGAUGUACACAUCCAACCGGAACAGAGAAAGACCAAUGCGAACAGAGGAGGGCAGAUUCAAAUAUUUACAGUUGGGAAGCUAAAUGCAUUAACCGGUUAGUGUAGUAACAUUUUCGGUUGUAUAAAUUUACAACAUUGGAUAUAGGCCUACGAUCUCAUGUGUGUGUUUGCAUUGCUUUUUUAACCAAGCUGACAUGUAGUGAUUUUUGGUUUGUAAAUAAACGAUCUUACACCAGAACCUUUCUUGGGACGACCAUUUCGUCCCGUUUUUUUUUCUCCAGAGCAUCGUCGUGCCGGUGUUUUUUUUCUCACUGUCUUUCCUUAAAGGCACUUGGAUUUAUUGCAACAUGGACAACAAGGAAGUAAGUCAGGGUCCCACAACCAAAGGUGCAACAGUAUGCAACCCUGGCAAAACAGGCAAUGUAAUUCCUAUUGGGAACCAGCUAGCUCGAACGCCAUUGGCCUCUUCAACAAAGAGGCGGACCUCACAGAAAGCUGUGCCUGCUGGUGAACAUACAAGUUCUAAGAAGCUGCGGCGUAGCAACAGAAGAACUGCCGAAGAAUCUCACACUUCCAGUAGGCUCACUCCAGGUGAAGAAGCGAUCAGUCGAGUUGGCCAGGGUCGAAAUUCUUCAAGAAAGGAGAAGUUGCAGUCCUCAAUUGUGCAUGUGUCAGGAGACAACGAAUGCAGGCCGGUAAGGAGGUCAAGUAGAGCAGCUUAUCUCUCAGCAUCGAACCCCAGGGAGGGUAACCAGUCUUCAAUCGUGGAAAAGAAGAGCGAGUCCUCUACAAAAGAGAGCAAAUCUCUAAGACGAUUAAGUCAACUUCCAGUUCAAGGGUUUAAUGCAAUGGACACAUCGGGCAUAAUCAGAGGAAUGCAAGGGAAUAAUUGGACUGAGGCUGACUUGGAAUUUGUGCAACGAAUGAAAAAUGAGAAGUUGGUGAUGCAGUUAAAGGAAGAAUUAAAAAGGCUGCAAAGGGAGCUGAAAGAUGAAAUUCAGAAGAAGGAACUGUUGUGGGCACAAAAAGAAAAGAUCCAGACAGAUACAGUGAACAUGGAAGAGACCGUUGAUAGAACAGUGCAGCUUGGGAGAGCCUUUCUGUGCAGGAAGAUGGACCCCAGCAUUGUUGAGCCUCUUUGCCCAGAAUCGGUACUGAAACAGCUGAGUGUUGCCUCUGUGCAGCAGGUUAUCCAGCAGGAAACGGCAAAACUACAAGCUCUGGAGGAAAAACUGACAGGCGAACAAAAGCAGGCUAGCCAUCAGAUCAAGCAGCUACAAAUAGAAAUGAGAAACAAGGAAAUGUAUUAUCUUGAAAAGAUAAAAUCCCAUAAAGAAAGGGUCCUGAUGGAGCAGGAACUUGUGGAUAAUCUCAAUGAUCAGCUGUCAGAACUACAGGAAAAGCUGUCAGAAACUCAGGAGCAUUUUAAAAGCAUGAAGAGCCAAAUAGAGGACUUGCAGGCAAAACGAAUGGAGAACUACAGUGGAACAGUGAAUAUGGCAAAGAUUGAACAAAGAUUAAAGAGACUUGAACGACGAAAAGAGCUUUUUCUGGAAAGACGGAGAAUUAUGCAGAGGCUUUGUUCAAUGGACAGAUAAAGCUAUGGGUGUAAUGUGUAAAAUGUUCGUACAUCUUCCAUGCUGGUUGUAGGGAUAUCAUUGAGAUUUUUUUUUUUUUUUUAAUUCAAUUUCUGCAGGGUGGAACAAAUAUAUGUAUAUACAUAUACAUAUAUAUAUAUACAUACACACACACACACACACAGUGGUUUGCAGAAGUAUUCACUCCCUACCAAUAAUGUCACAUUUUAUAGAAUUAAAAAUAAUUUAUGCACAGUUUUUCAAACAAACUUUUUUUAUUCAAAGCUGUAGUGGUUAAACUGAACCCUGUUAUAUGAGGAGGAGGUUAAAUGUCAGCAAAACUUGCAAAGAAAAUGUACAAAAUGAAGUUUACUUAUGCAACCAGUAUUCACCCCUUUAAGUCAGUACUUGGUAGAAGCACCUUUUACAGCAAUUACUGCUAUGAGUCUUUUUGGAUAGGUCUCUACGAGCUUUGCACAGUAGGAUGGUGACAUUUUUGCCCAUUCUUCAUGGGAAAAUUGCUCCAGUUCUGAUGAGUUUAUUGGGGAUUGUUGAUGGACUGCAAUCUUCAAGUCUUGCCAUAAAUGUGCGAUUGGAUUCAAGUCAGGACUUUGACUGGGCCACUCAAGAACAUUAAUUCUGUUCUUGUUCAACCACUCCAGUGUGGCUUUGGGUCAUUGUCCUGCUGAAAUUCGCCUGUACUUAGCACAAUCCAUGCUCCCCUCUAUCCUGACAAGCUUCCCAGUCCCUGCUGAAAAGAAGCAUCCCCAUAACAUGAUGCUGCCACCACCAUCCUUGACAGUUGGGAUGGUGUUGACUGGGUGAUGGGCAGUGGCUCUGUGUCUCUCUACCACUUUAUCCCUGACUUGUUUCGAAAGCUCCUUGGUCUUCAUGGUUGCUUUGUUGGAUCACUGUGAGUUGCAGCUUGAAAGUCUUUAUAUACCUGAAGGGAAUUAUCUACAAGUUAAACCACUUUGAGUACACACAGGCUGAAACCAUUUCACUAAUUUUGUGACCUUUCAAAGAAAUAAUUUGCACCUGAGCUGAUUUAGGGCUGCAGUAGCAAAGGGGUUGAAUACUUAUGUAACUGAGAUUAAUCUGUUUUUCUCUGUAAAUCUUAUGUUCUAUAUGCAUUUUUUUUAACUUUAUCAAUGUGGAGUAGUUUGUGUAGAUUCUACAUUCUAAUUUGAAAGCGUAGUGGAGUACGCUGAGGUGACAACAAAAUGUGAAAACUUUGCAGGGGCGUGAAUACUUCUGUUUCCACUGUGUGUGUGUGUGUGUGUAAUAUAUAUAUAUGUGUGUGUGUAUAUAUAUAUAUAUAUAUAUAGUUAAAGGUUAAUACAAAAUUGGGGUUAACUUAAAAAAAAUAAAAAUAACAGUGCUUACUUUUUUGUUUUUGUAGAUUUAGUAUCAGACCCUCUCAAUUUUUACCAUCAAACGAAUGGGUUUUACAAAAGCUAAGUCGGUAUUUAUCGAUUUUCACCAAGAAAAUCCAUGACUUAUUCAAUAGAUAGAUUUAUGUAAAUAAAAGUUUAAAUUUAGUGUAAUAUGGGGCUGUCUGUUAAACAUACUAAACUGAAGUACUGAUACAGGUUAAUUUCACCUGCUUGCAUUCACAAAGAAUAGAAAACUGGGAAUUUUUAAACUGAUAAAUUCCCGGGAAUCUUUACAUAAAAUAAAAACUGAAAAUUAAAGAGCCUUGAGUAUAUCGUUACGAGCACCGACAAACUUAUUGGCACUAAACUUAAUAUAAGAUAAUUCAAGAAAACAAGCAUUUAGUGAACAUUAGCCACUAAGUAAUAUGGCGAGGGCCAAAAAUACACCAUUUCUUGUCGUUUAACAAACAAUCCUUACAUUUAUAUAAAGUAUUUAAGCAGUUUCAAAUAUUUGUUUAUGACAAGUUUUGCCAACACAGCAGAUUAUGGUUAAGACAAAGGAGUUAGAUUCACGUUUGAGAAAAGCACACAUCACAAACUACACCAAAGGAAAUGGCUACAUAACAGUAUAUAAAAUAUGGAAUAUCAAAAUCCACAAUCCACAUCACAAUCAAGAAGUACCACAGAACAAAUUAAACUGAAACGCUUGAAAGAAGUGGACAUCCAAAGAAAAUUACGGGUACAGGAGGUAGGAGAAUUGAGCAGCUAAAAAAAAAAAGAUUAAAAGCCGACAAUUUAGAGAAAGAUUAAGAAGCAUCAGCAAAAUAGUGCACAAAAGAACUGUACAAAGGGAUUCUAACUAAUCCAAACCCCAUCUUCAAUCUCAACCCUAGCUUCAAUCUUAAACCUAACUCCAUCCCUAACCCUAGCUGCAAACCUUACUCUAUCUCCAACCAUAACUGUAACCUUAGUGCCAAACCUAAUUUUAGCUUCAACCACAACCCUAGCUCCAAUCCUAACCCUGGAUCCAGCUCUAAAGGUAACGCUAACUCCAAUGUAACUCUAACCCUAGCCCUAAACUUCAGCCUUAACCCUAGCUCCAACCCUAAUCCACAGCCUAAUCCUAACUAGCUCCAUCACUAAAGCUAAUCCUAGCUCUGACUCUGACAUUAACCCUAACCCCACUUCUGCAAAGUACAAUGAUACCAUCUGCUCUUAUGCUGAUUGACAGACUGUUUAUCUUCAAACAUGACUGACCUAAAGCAUACAGUUAAGUCAACUCUGGAAUUCUUGAUGAAAAUGAAGAUUAAAGUUAUGGAAUGGCCUUCGCAAUCCCCAUAUCUCAAUCCAAUAGAAAUGCUUUGGAAUGAUCUGAAAAAAAAAGCGUAUUGUGUACCCAAUCUUCUGAGCUGAAAGAAAUAUGCAAGACAGAAUUGACCCAAAUUUCACAAGAUGUAGCACUAAGAAUUAUCGUAAACAUCUGAAAGCUGUAAUAAAAGCAAAAGGACACACAAAAUAUUUAUGAUUAUUUGUUAAUUUACUAGAAAUUGUGUAUUUUUCUUUGUUUUAUUAAAAAGUGGUUAAAGUGUAUUAAAUGCUUGUCCUUAAUCUGUUACCUUGAAAAUUGGUAUAAGCAUAGGGUGCCAAUAGUUUUGUCCGUGUCUGUAUAUUACACGUACAUAUCCCCAGGUGGCAGCAUUACCUCAAAUUUGUUUUUAAUAAAGGAUUUCAGGAAAAUGAAAA